AUGGCUGUCGGACACGAUGGUGAAGGCGACGUCACCGCUGGCGAGACGCCAGACGGCGAAGCUCCCAGGCCAUCAGCCGCCUCUCCUAUCUCUUAUGGUGAACCUGUAAUCGAGUCAGGUCGAAUGAAGUUCGAUGAAGAACUCAAAGCCAUGAUAGUGGCCGAGGCUAAGGCCAAGCUCGAAGAAGAGAGGAAGGCGGCCAAAGCGGCAGCGGAGGCUGAAGCCGCAGCAAAGGGGGCUGCUGAGGAGCUGAAGAAGAACAUCCAAGAGGAGACCAAAGCCAAGUUUGAGUAG